AUGAAGCCCUUCGUCUCUGCGGGCCCCCCCUCUGGCCUGCUGCUGGUCCUGAUGUGCUGCCCCCUGCUGGGCUUGGUCCAGUCAGCCAGCGGCAACAAGGCCAGCGAUAACGGACACCCACACCUGGGAGACAGCGACCCGGAGCGCUGCAUGAGGCACCACUUUGUGGAGACCAUCACACACCCGAUUUACAAGUGCAACUCCAAGAUGGUGUUGCUAGCCCGAUGCGAGGGCCACUGCAGCCACACCACCCGCUCCGACCCCCUCAUCUCCUUCAGCUCGGUGCUCAAGCAGCCCUUCAAGAGCACCUGCUCCUGCUGCCGGCCGCACACCUCCAAGCUGAAGGCGGUGAGGCUGCGCUGCGCCGGCGGGACCCGCAUCACGGCCACGUACAGAUACAUCCUGGCCUGCAACUGCGAGGAGUGCAGCUGA